GUUUUUUGGCUGCUGAUUCCUCAAUGUGGCCAUUUUUUAAAGAAACAUACAGACAUUUCUGCUUUCUUUCCACUUCUAUAACAAAAUAUGACAACAUAUUGUACAUUUUCAUUGUGGGAUUGUCCUCUCAGAGCACAAAGAGGGUAAAUUUCCAUGUGGUAGUAGUUACCAUUGGUUACAGGUGGCCAUGUUAGGGCAGUGCCAGCAGCCUGUAAGGGCAGGUGUGUUACCUGUGGCUUCCUCAGGAAACUCUUCUCACAGGGCAGCUGACCCACACACACAGAAACACACACACACGGUGAGUCGGACCACGGAACAGAUCAGGAGAGAGUUUUUCCUCCUCGUUGUCUGAUUCACCGGAAUCCGCCUUUGUUCCACAGACUCGCACUCGGUCCCACUCGGGCUUUUUGGUGGCAGACGGAGGGAAGUGCUUCCUGACAGCAGGGAGGUGCGUCUUACUUCCAUUCCAGUGAUUGACUGCACACGGCUUUCACCGCCGGAGCUGUGGGGGCAUUGACGCAUUGUGGAGUCGACAGGGGGUAGCACUGCAAACCCGGCUUCGCUUCACAUCGGAGGCAUCUAUCGGCGAGACCCGCCAUGGCCGUGGUGCAGCUCGAAACGGGGGACCAUCAACCGGAGAACGGCUUCGUGUCCCCCGAAACCACGUCGGCGGGGCUGCUGACACGCAUCGACGGUGCCGUUCUGCCAUUUCUCGGGGGAUUUGGGAAGUACCAGAAACAGCUGAUCGUGCUGACAUGGAUCCCGGCGAUAUUCAUUGGAUUCAGUCAGUACUCUGAUAAUUUCCUCCUGGCCCAGCCGAACAACACAUGUAUCCAGCCUCUGGAUAAUGUGACUAACCACAGUGGGGGUCACUCCUCGCUAUUAGACAGUCCGAAAAAUAGCAGCGCACGACCGGCUUCUAUUUAUGCCAAUGGAAGUUACAGCAGUCACAAUGACACGACCAGCAUGCAGUGUAGGUGCAGUGAGUGGACCUUCGAGCUGCACACGGGACUCGUGCAGAACGUGGUCACCAAGUGGAGUCUGGUGUGUGACUCAGCAUGGAAAGUCCAUAUUGCAAAGUUCUCUCUCUUGGUGGGAUCCAUCUUUGGGUACCUGGUGUUUGGAAUACUUGCUGACUGGUUUGGCCGCCACCCAGUGCUCAUCAUAUCGGUGCUCUUCAUGCUAGUGUUCGGUCUGACUGUGGCGUUUUCUGUCAACGUGCCCAUGUUCAGCACCUUGCGUUUCUUCGAGGGCUUUUGCCUGGCAGGGAUCACCCUUUCUCUCUACGUCCUCAGAAUCGAGCUGUGCCUGCCAGGAUGGCGAUUUUCCAUGACCAUGGUGGCUAGUUUUGUGGUUUUGGGUGGCCAGCUGCUGAUGCCCAUGGUGGCAUACCUCUGUGGCGACUGGCAGGUACUUCAAGCUGUCAUCAUCUGUCCCCUGCUGCUUAUGCUGUCCUACAUUUGGAUCUUCCCUGAGUCACUGCGUUGGCUGCUGGCCACUCAGCAGUACUGCCGCUCCAAGUGGAUCAUGGGACACAUAGCAAAGAAGAAUCGAGCGAACAUGGAGCUCGACACAGAUAACAUCCUCACAGAAUUACAAAAAGCUCUUCAGAAGAAGCCCAAAAAGACGUGCAUUGUGAAGAUGGUCGGGACAAGAAACCUGUGGAAGAACAUUGUUGUGCUCUGCGUCAACUCGCUAACCGGUUAUGGGAUCCACCACUGCUUCGCCCGCAGUAUGAUGGAUCAGGAAGCCAUGGAAACCACCAUGUUCCAUAACUUCUAUGCAGACUAUUACACGAUGGCGGGCAUCGCGGUGGCAUCGUGCAUUGCGCUGUGCCCCGCUGUGGGCCUGAUGGGCCGGCGUGGUGGCCUUCUCAUGUUCAUGAUCAUCACUGCCCUGGCCUCACUGCUGCAGCUGGGCCUGCUCAACUUACUGGGGAAGUACAGCGUACAUCUGAAUAUAGAUAGCUCAGAUACGCUGAAUAAGAACUUCUCCGUCGCCUUCUCCAUCAUCGGCAUGUUCUCCUCCCACGCAGUCAGCAACCUGAGCAUCUUCUUCUGUGCUGAGAUCACACCCACUGUGAUCAGGGGUGGUGGUCUGGGCCUGGUCCUGGCCAGCGCUGGCUUCGGCAUGCUGACUGCACCCAUCAUGGAACUGCACAAUCAGAAGGGCUAUUUCCUUCACCACAUCAUUUUUGCCUGCUGCACUCUCAUCUGCAUCAUUUGCAUUCUCCUGCUGCCAGAGACACGCUACCAGCCACUCCCCGAGACCUUGGCUGACGGCGAGAGCUACACUCGCCAGCCGCUACUCCCUCCAAGGAAACCUGGAGAACAGCGCCUCCUGCUGCCCCAGUCUGAGAGCAGCAGGGACUACACCAGAGUGCAUGACACACCACUCCACGAGGCAGCUGCCACGGCAGUGUCCACCAUGGACUCCACCGCCUCCUCGGCUGUUGAUUUGACCGCCCCGUCGGGCGGAGAUGUGUUCAUGGAAAUGUACCCCAUAAAGCCUGAGCCUAAAGACCCCAACGGUCACUCGGUUUCAUCCACACCUACGACCCCGGUUACAGGACCAGCUAAAGACGGCGUCAUACAUGCCACUAAAGAAAACCUGCUGUCUUCCAUUCAUUUACAAAAAGCUCCAUGUGUCACAGACCCACUUUUAGCCGAUGCAGACGAACCUCCAGCAAUAGUCUUGGAUGUGAUUGAGCCACUUACGGAUUCUAGCCCUCCUGAAACGAAUGACAUUGGUGUGUCCCCCACAGAAGAGGCAGGCGCUGCUGCUGCCACUUCAAUGGACACUUGCACUCCCUCCAUCUCUCAAAACAUCCCCACCUCUUUAUUGAUCUGCACCACACCCAUCAUCGAGCCCCCACCCAGCUCCACGUUAGAAUCUCCGAACCCGCUGGGGAACGACAUCGACGCAGCAUCCGACCCACCUUUGCCGGAGGAUACUAAUGCCACUUUAGCAGACUCCCCUACUCUAUCUAUAAAUGACAGCCCUCCUCCAUCCCCCACCCCCUCUCCUAUUCCUAUCACAGACUGUGACAUUUCCGCUCACCCCCCGCCCUCCAUUACCUCACACUCUGACAUUCCUAUCCAGUUAGAAAUAGUAGAUGAGUCCACUUCUUCUCCUUCCAUUAGAGACUCCUCCAUACUAUCUGUCAUAGCCUCCCAACUUCCGUUAGAUUCUCCUUCUCCAUAUGUUGAAGAUAAACCUACUCAUUCCUCUACUCCCCCUGUUUCACCUUCUCCUGCAACUCCUCCACCCAUUGACUCAGGCCACAUGCCCUCAGCGUACUCUUCCACUCCCCCCAUCAUACAUACUGUCAACACUUCUGCACCGGCUCCUACCAUUCUCCCCGUCACAGACAUUGCGCAUACCUCCACUCCAGAAUCAACCGCUCUGACUGUACCAGAUUCAGCUGCUUCCCCGGUCUUAGAUUUGACUUCCAUCACAGAUUCAGCCUCUACAGAAGCAACUCCCUCCUCUCUAAUGGACUGCACAGUGUCCUCCCCCAUAGACUCUGGUGUCCUCUCUAUCAGGGACAGUGCCAGCACAGAAAACAACACUGUCAACGGCGUGGCAUCGUCAUGAUGCAGCGCUGUCACCAGGAAAUGAAGCUUUAAGCGCUGCACCAGGAGGCAUCCACCCACAUGACAACCACAGGAGAAGGGGGGGAGGGAUGGCAAGAACUGUCCUGCUCAGACUUCAGGCACUUAAUGAAGACUGUUCCCACCUGGAGUAGAGUAGACAAGUCUUACAGAGCUUCUUAACGCCCGCCCCCUCCCUCGUGCAUUUAGCCAAUAAAUGAGACCACGCAAAGUGAGAGAGAGAGAGAGUGCCACAGGCUGGUUCGUGACAAUGUGACAGUAACUUCUGCUCUUCAUUGAAUGUCACUGGAAAAUCACCAGCGUAUAAACUACUCUGAUGUACAUGAAUGGGAAAUCAUUGUCUGUUGUUUUUAAGAGACUUCAAACUAUACCCACAAUCACUGAGACGUGUCAUCAGCACUAGUGAAGAAAUGCAAAGAUGUUUGAAAAGAAAAAAAGAAAAGAAGAAAUCACUGGUACCUUUGCUCAAAUUGAAUGUCCGUCUAACAUAUUUGUAUAAAAAAAAUGUCGCCUUACCUGUAUGCACAAGAAAAUCUGAAUGUUACAAAAAGUACUUUUUGCCAUUAUUGAGGUAAACAAUCCAAAUUGGGGUGAUUUUUAAGAAAAAUAUAUAUCAUGCCAAAAACUACCCUGACCAAAAUUCAAAAUAGAUAUAGUGCCAAAACAUGAGUAGCGAUACAGUAUUUGCCUAUUUGGGGAAAUCCUGUUUAGUACUGUCCCCUGCCAUAGAUUGUAUGUGGAUUGAAGCGAAUCAGACAAACCCUAUUUCAAGAUUCUGAAGUACAAGAGAAGACUGACAGCUUUAUCACCAUUUGAGGAAUUGGAAUCGAAGAUGAGAUAGAGCUUCACUGCUUCCGUGGUUCAUUGUACGAGCAGUGAUAUUAGUGAAAACAAUGACCCGUAUUUUGUUGGUCUGAAGAAACUUUUAUUUUUCCAACCGUUUCUGCCAAUGAAAUUUACGGUAUGCAAAUGCUUUUUUUUUUUUUGUAAAUGUAAUAAUGUAAGUAAAUGGAUAAUUAGUUGUUGAGCUUGAUUCUGUUUUUUUUUUUUUUUUUUAAUUCAAAGUAUUAUUUGAACUAAUCUCCCAUGGCGUGCCCUUAUUGUACAAAGCUAUACUUCAUUCUUACAGUAUUUGUGGCACCGCAGUGUGGUGGCACUUUAUUUUUUUGCAGUGGGGACAAAAAGCAUGAAAAUUCUUGUGAACGUGUCAGCAAAGCAAAACUAUCAAAUCUUUUCAUAAAAAAAAAAAGGACAAAAAGCUAUUUUUGAAAUGAAACCCAUGGGCGAGGAAAAUGUUUGAUGUGACUGCCGACCGUCGCAAACCUUCAGUGUGUUUUCCAAAUCAUUUUCUGGCAUUAACAUAGUUCAUGUAUGCUAUUGUAUUCAUACGGUCACACGCACAACUAAGUUUACCUUGAAAAAAAAGGCAAUACUUCAUACAUUUGUCAAAAUGACAUUUUAAAAUGCAGGUCGCAUCCUUACAGGUAGAUCAGCCUAUUGAUAUUCUUCAAUUGACUCGUGCUUAGGGAAGCGGUUUUACUUCCAAAGUCCGAGUCCAUCUGUGGACAGCAUUAUACUUGAUUCAGAUAUGUCUGCACCUUUGGAGGUUGUAAUAUUUGUCUAAAGAAAGAGGUGUGAUUAUGGAUAUACCACUGUUUACAACAAUCCUCAUGAUAAUGAUGAUAAAUAAUAAUAAUAAUGAUGAUUACACUGUACUGUACAACCUUUAGAGCCAACUGAAUGAUGUCUUGUCAUUUCAAAUGUGAUGAAAACUCUUACAGUAUCUCAUAUUACAUGUAUCCAGGGAGAAUUGGUGAUCUAUUAAGAUGUCAUUCAGGAGUCAAACGCAACACCAGACUUGACAGCUGCUGCCUUUUUUUUUUUUCAUAACCAUUUUGUGGUACGCUUAUGAAGAACCCUACAGGUACUUUACUCACACAAAUAAAAUCAGUUUUGCUUUUGUCAAAGCGCACUGAUAAAAGGCUACAUAUCUUAAGGUAUUUAAAUGACUCGGCAAACCUACCUGGUGUUGUUAUUUUUCCUCAAAUGCAGCUUGAAUCAAAGGCCGAACGCUGUAAUUUGGAUUGAUUCGGAGUGGUCUUUUAAUAGAUCAUCAUGUCGUUACUAUUACUGAAAUAUUCACACGAUCAUUAAAUGUCGAUGUAUGCCGUGCUGCUACGCCUCAAAGCACAAUGACCUGCAAUCAUAUGAUGUCAGAUUUGGUGGAGCUUGGCGUCUUGACAGUAAAAGGAAAAAAAAAAAAAAAAGGGAAAAUGGAGUGGGGUUUUAAAAAGAAAAAAAUACAGAAAUUACUGCUAACUCUUGCAGUAGAAGGGUGUUGACGCUGGAUUUAAUAAGGAAUUCUUGGCAUCUGCAGUAGAGAGUGGGUUGACUGCAGUGGUCAGUAGCUUCACAUUUCUCCAAGUCCUUGUUGUCCGUGAGUGUCGGUCUUUCUAUCUCGGUGUGCGUAUUGCAGAAAUUGAAUCGUGUAUCGCCAAAACCCCUGCUCAACACCAGUGUAAAGUCAGUGACAGCACAAUACUACCAGUGUCUUCUCUGAGAUCUGUUGCUUCCACUCUCUCCCAUGCAGCAGCUCCGUAGCGCUGAUGGGAUCGAUUACAUCCCUUCAGUUUGACUUUAUUUGGAGUAAAUUUAAAGUUCAGUGAAAGCAAUCCAAAGCAAUGUCAGCACCAGCAAUAGAGUAGACUGGUAGGCACAAGUUGGAAAAAGCGAAAAAAGCAACAACAAAAAAAAAAAAGAGACUGGGUUUUGCCUUUGUAAAUAGUAAGUGUGUGGAAACAUCCACUUUCAGCAAGAUGAAGGAUCAUGGAUCAGAGCACUGGACUGGUGAGACUUGUUUUGAACUUGGCAAAUACGUGCAAGUCUCUGAGACACAAAGUCACCCGGUGUACACAUUUCAGGUUUUGCUUCUCUCAGCCGUGCGACUAUAAAUCUCUGAGUGGAGAUUUGAAUGAAUGUAAAAACCAUGGAUUGUACCAUUUAUAAGUUCCAAUUGUUUGGUUUAAUUUCUUUUUUUCUUCUUCUUCUUCUUGUUUUAACAGACAUAAUGCACUUGUAUAUAAGCCAUACCUGUUGUUAAAAUAAACCACUAUUUAUUGAUCAA